CCCUGCCACUGCCUCAUACAGGAGCCGUUCGCUGGGCGGAGAGAGGCAUGAACAAGUCUUCACUUGGGGUCCUGGUCUUGGGUCCAGAUGACGCCGGCAAAGCCGCACUCACUGGGCACCUUCUCUACCGAUGGGGGGGCCUCGGGCCCAGAAGGAUGGUGCAGCUCUGGGAACAGAAGGAGGAGCACGCCCUGACCUACGCCCAGCUGCUGGAGUGCUUUGCGGAUGUGCAGGAGAGUGAAGCAGCGCCCAGGAGACCAAGGUGGCACUACAGGAGCCCCAAGUGUGAAGUCGCGAUUGCAGCCUCCCUGAGUGCAGGGACCCUUAGCAGCUUCUUCCCAAGUGGGGAUCUGACUGCCUGUGUGAUGCUGCUGAUCUCUGCCGCUGAGGGGGAAUACGAGGCCCAUCGGGAGCUGAUCCAGAAGUGGGUCUGCUCAGUUUGUGAACUUCAGGUGAAGCAGAUUGUUGUCUGUGUGAACAAGAUGGACUCCACAAAGCCGCCUCGCCACCAGCCCCGCUACGACUACAUCCACAAGGACAUCUGGAGCUGCUUCCAGGAAUUGGGCCAGGACCCCAACACUGUGGGCUUCCUCCCCAUCUCUGCCUUAUGGGGGGACAACCUGCAGUUGGUUGGUUUUGGGGUAGGCAGCCUAUGUCUUUCGGGGUGGGGAUGGGGGGGAUGGCAGCACCUCCAGCGGAAAUGAAAGGCCACGAAAGGCCACGUUUGUGGUUCAUGGUUGGCAUUCAGGCCUCAAUUUUCAAACGUGAGAAUUUGCAAGAAAGCAGCCAGGUCUGUGCCUUCCCCAA